AUGGAAAUUUCAAUUCGAGAUCUAUCUCUCUGGUCAGGGUUUACUUGGUUUUGUCACGGGAGCAACACCCCAACCGCUGGCGAGUAUCAGGUUCAUGGUAUCAACGGUCAAACCUCAGAGGUCCCAAAUCCAGACUAUCAUGUGUGGCUACAAACUGACCAUAUCGUGAAGUCAUGGCUUAUUGGUACCUUUACAGAGGAAGUCCUUGCUCUUGUGAUUCAAUGUGCGACUUCACGUGAUAUGUGGCUCAGCGUGGCAAACCAUUUCAACAAGAUUUCCUCUGCUCGCUUGUAUGAACUUCAGUGUCGUCUGCAGGACGUGGCGAAGAAAGGUCGUCCUAUGGUGGAAUUUCUCAAUGAGAUUACUGCCAUCUGCUCGCUUCUCCAGUCUGUGGGUCACAUCGUUCCUGAGCAAAUCAAGAUCUUCACUGCCUUGAGAGGCUUAGGUCCUGAGUACGAGUCUGUCAAAGCCAGUAUUGAGGGGGAUAUGGACAAGAUAACUCCACCAACGUUCAUCGGUAUUACGCCACGGCUCAUGAGUGCUGAAGCUCGUUACCAUAGCUACACAGCAGGUUCAGAAGUCUCUCCUCAUAUGGCUUUUAACACUAUGCAAGUGAACUAUACCACUCGAGGCAGAGGACAGUCGUAUGCUCAUAGAGGUCGUGGACGUGGCUACACUACUCGAGGUCGAGGAUUUCCUCAACAAGUAUCAUCCCUCCACGGCCAAAUCACUACAUCAGAAGGAGAACUUAAACUUCCAUGUCAGAUCUGCGGAAAGAAAGGUCACAGAGCUUUGGCAUGUUGGCACCGGUUUGAUAAUGCCUAUCAGGAAGAGGAGAUGCAUGUAGCUAUGUCGGCUCUACACAUUACUGAUAUCACAGAUCACACGGGCCAUGAGUGGUAUCCAGACACUGGUGCGAGUGCACAUGUCACUAGCUCGGCCAUGCAUCUACAACAGUCUCAACCCUAUUCUGGUUCCGAUUCGGUGAUGGUUGCAGAUGGAAACUUUUUGCCGAUCACUCACACCGGUUCCACUGUUAUUGGCUCUACUUCAGGUACUCUUCCUCUUAAAGAUGUACUUGUGUGUCCUGAUAUAGCAAAAUCGCUUCUCUCUGUUUCAAAGGUCACUCGUGAUUAUCCUUAUACAUUUAAAUUUGAUUGUGAUGAGGUUGUGGUUAAGGACAAGGUCACAAAGAAGCACCUUUUGGUGGGAAGAAACAAUGACGAGGGACUAUACAAGCUGAAGGACUCGAAACCAGAGGUGUUCUUUUCGUCUAGACAGUAG